CUCUCUCUUCAUCUCUUCAUCUCUUCCUUCAUCUCUCCUCCUCUUUCUCUCCCUUUUCAUCUCUCCGAUUUGUUCCCAGUUGAGUAAUAAGAAAAAAAACAUGCCGGAGCUAAAUCCCCCAGAAACGGCCUGGAAUCGGGCCUUCGAAGCCGUCGCGGACAGCCUCCUUCCGGAUCUUCAACGCUGGCACAGAACCCCUCAGCAGAUUGUCUCCUUCACACAGGCGACAGAGUCCUCGUUCUUCGGGGUGAAGCUUUCGCCAGCCAGCCAUGCCAUCUCGGACCUGCCGUCUCUCCCCUGGGGGAAGGGAGCGGACUUUAUCCUCGAUUUCGGCGUCCACAUGGUCGGACGGCUCUCGUUCCAGCUUUCCGGUGUAGGAAGACACAUGGACGCGCCCUGCCGACUACGGCUCACCUUUGGAGAAUCGCCCCUCGACGUGACCAUGGGCAUGGACGGGGUUGACACUUGGAUCAGCACUGCCUGGCUGCCGGACGAGAUCCUCAACAUCGACGAAUUACCCCAGACCGUCUCCCUGCCGCGACGUCAUGCUUUCCGCUUUCUGCGCGUCCAAGUCAUCGACACGUCUCCGGAAUACAAGGUCGCCUUUUCCGAUGUCUUCUGCGAGUGUAUCAGUGCCAUUGGCCAGGAUCAUACCCUUGACGCCGUGGAUUUCGGAAACCCACUGCUGCAGGAUAUCGACCAUGUCGGCAUCUCCACCUUGAGAGAUUGCAUGCAGACUGUCUUCGAGGAUGGGCCGCGGCGCGAUCGGAGGCUCUGGAGCGGCGAUCUCCGUCUUCAGGCGCUCGCCAACUACAGCACCCUGCGAGAGUUCAAUCUCGUCAAGCGGUGCAUCUUCCAAUUCGCCGCCGUUGUCCGGACAGACGGCUCCCUGCCCGCGUGCGUCUUUGAAAAGCCCCAGUUUGCCCCUUCAAAGGACUAUAUCAUCGACUACGAUGAACUCUUCAGCGCCAUUGUCGACGACUAUGUCGCCGCCUCGGGCGACCUCGAGACAGGGCAUACCCUGUGGCCGACGGUGCUGCACUGUGUCAAGCGUGGACUGUCCAGUCUGAACCCCACCACGCACGUCUUCGAACUCGAGCGAACCCAAGCAUUCAAAUUCAUCGACUGGGCAAAGGACCUCGACAAAACCGCUGCCUCGCACGGCUUGCUGCUCUACUGCCUCAAGAAGGUCAACCACCUCGCUACCCGGCUGGGCCAGGACGCCCCCUACACCGAUAUGGUGGACAAGAUGACCGCCGCCGCAUCGACAUUUCUACAAAAUGGCGUUUUCAUUUCCGGGCCAAACUCGCAGAUCAGCUACGCGUCUGCCGCCUGGCUGGUUCUCGCCGAGGCGUUCCCCCCCACCAUCGCCCGCGAAGCCCUCCUCGCUACCAUCCGCCACCCCGCAGCUGUAAAACCCCUCACUCCCUACCUGUGGCACUACGUAUGCGACGCUCUCAUGACUGUCGGCUGCUACGAGGAGUGUCUCGACCUCAUCAAGUCCUACUGGGGCGGCAUGGUGCAAGCCGGCGCAGAUACCUUUUGGGAAUGCUAUGAUGCCGACGACGCCAAGGCCAGCCCCUAUGGCGAUGCGCGGAACAACAGCUUCUGUCAUGCGUGGAGCUGCACGCCGUCAUAUUUCCUUCGGGGGAAGCUUUUCGACGGUCUGAAGGGUCGGGUAACGGGGAAGAUCACAAUGGGGGAGCUGGACCAUCGAUGGGUCAAGAGAUCUGCUUUAUCAUAAUGUCUGUACAGUAUUGUAACAAUAUAUAUAGUAACGUAUUCCA